ACAAGGUCAACACCAAAUCUAAGACCAACUCAAACUCAAUUAGAAAUAGCAAGAAAGAUUAAUAGAAUCUUAGAUAUAAGAGACAACAAACCUAUAAGACCUUUACCACUUAUACCAAAUAUCUUAAGACUACCACAAAGCAAAAGAAACAUAUUAGCAAGACAUGAUAAAGAAAGAGAAAAUGAAAAUAUUGCUAACAAAAUACCAAAGAAUUAUCCAGUAAAGAAAUUCUUACUAGAAACCUGGAAGAAACAACUUAAAACAAAUAUUAUCCAAACAGAAAACCUUAUCAAGCUACAGAAAUCAAAAGAAUUAUCCUUUUUAGAAAAAGAAGAACUCAAAAAAGCAAAAAAAAAACUGUUAACUAAACUACAAGAAGUAGGACAAGAAGUAACAGAAAUAAUCAAAGAAGAAAAAUUAACCAAAGUAUCUAUAAUAAUAGCACCAGAUACUACUCCAGCACUACAUACAAUAAAAGUAAAAGUACCAAGAAGACAUAGAUUCAUAAGAACAAUAUCUGAAGAAGAAUUAGCUUGCCUAAUAAUUUAUAGUCAUGAACUACAAGAUUACUCAACAUAUAAUCUAGCAGUACAGCAAUCAGGAAUUGCUGAAACGAGAAUACAAGAUUAUCUAAAAAACACCAAAAUAAUAAAACCACAAAUAUAUUAA